AUGGACGCCCUAAAUAGCAGAGAGCAACAAGAGUUUCAAAAAGUCGUGGAACAGAAGCAAAUGAAGGAUUUCAUGCGUCUGUACUCGAACCUGGUCGAAAGAUGCUUUACAGACUGUGUCAACGACUUCACGUCUGCCAAACUCACCAACAAGGAGCAGAGCUGCAUUUUGAAGUGUUCUGAAAAGUUUCUAAAGCACAGCGAGCGUGUGGGACAGCGUUUCCAAGAACAGAACGCUGCGUUGAGCCAGAACAUGGGUCGUUAA